UGCCACAGAGGGUUUCGGUGACACUUCUAGUUAUUCAGUUGACUUCUUACAUUUUGCCAGCAUUCAGCAAUCAUUCUGCCAUUGUGAAGGAGGCGUUUUCGCUGAUUUCUUUUGCGCUGCGCAAUUUAUUCGCGAGAAUCUACGGCACGACCGUGUUUUUGUUUCAACGUUUAGUAAAGGCUUAACUACGUUUUAUCAAGAUGACCAAGUUGAUACAACAGUUAACUUUUAGUAGUAGUAAUUACUACGAUGUCGCUGGCAUUGUCUUCGAACCCGAGACUUUGAAAGCGAAGACUUAUCAUGGUGAUGGCGCGUCCCUGAACGCGGCCGGUAGCAAGCGCACAGCUUUGUCGGCGUCGGACGCCGAGUGUUUUUCGCUGUGCCUGGGCGCCGGGCCUCUGUGGUGGUCCGAUGUCCCUGCUCAUGGCUCGGCACCGCCCGGAGGGGUGAGCAGCGGGGCUUCGAGCCCCGCAACACCGUCCACCCCCAUCCACGACGACAACAACCGUGACUUGUUGAGCGCCCUUCUUUGGGCAAGCGCAAGCUCCCUGAGCAGCAGCGCGGAGAGUCUAUCCACUGACUCAGUGCAGACCAACCCCGCACUACACCCCGAGCAAAGAGAAGCGGUCAUCGGUAAGAUCUUGGAACGCAAGGACAAGCAACCAGUUAAGAUCGAAUUCAAGAUCUUCCUCACAGAGAAUACCGUUACUCGCUGGGAAGCAGUAGUGAAGGGUGGUACCAUCUAUCUCCGCUUACCGGGAGUGUUACAGUCCGGCAGCAAGGAGAGUUUCAUUCUCUUGCUGGAUUUCGCUGAAGAACGCCUCGGUUGUUCAAAUUGUAUCAUUUGCAUUCUGAAAAACCGUUCGGACCGAGCCACACUACUCCGUACGUUCAUGUUCAUGGGAUUCCAACUUUUACCACCAAAUUCGCCGCUGAUGCAAGAUAUCAACAACCCGGAAUACGUAUUCUUGCACUACAACAUGCAAUAACUGUCCUUGGUGUUGCCAGGUAAUAUUGUCCUACCAUACUAGUAGAAAAUAUAGACACUUGAAAAAAAUAUAUAUUCGACACUUUUUCGUUUAUCAACUAGCGGUAGUUUUUCGGUGUUGCCAAGGACAGUUUUCGACAGCUU